AAGGUGUGUGUUAAUCAGCGGCUCCCCGGUUUCGGGACCUUUCUCAAAAUUAGAACUUAUCGACCUACUCAGUAGCAGUAUUUCAUCCAAAAUAUUUUGUGAAACAGUUAUUUCUCGUUUCUCUUCUGUUCAUCAAAAAAUGAGUACAAGCGAGAACAAACCACACUCUUCAGCUACUCACUGUUGCAUACUUCACGACUUCUACAAGUCUGCUUCUAAAACCCCCGAAAAGAUCGCCGUGAUUCACGCUCACGGCGGCGCUCAGCUCUCCGGACUCUCCGGCGACGACAAUCGGGAUGAACAGUUCCAACGAUUGGUGGAGGAGAGAACUAUUUCGAAUAAUCCCCCGGUUUACGAAGGCGACGAGUGCUUCACGUUUGCUGAGAUUGUAGCGGCAGUUGAGAAUUUGAGUCGUCGAAUUAGGAAUGUGAUUAGUGGUGGUGAUGAUCCUGCUCUCGUUAGACCUACAUUAGGUAACCAUGGUAAGCAGUCAUUUAGCGAUCGUGCUUCUGUUUCUGUGGAUAUUGUCUGUUCAAGUGUGCAAUGUUCUGUUGUUCAGCAGAAUACAUAUACUCCAAGAAUACUUGGAAUAUAUAUGGUGCCCUCUGUGGAUUAUAUCAUCACGGUGCUUUCUGUCAUGCGGUGUGGGGAGGCUUUCAUGCCUAUAGAUCCUUCAUGGCCAGAUGAAAAGAUAUCAAUGGUUGUUUCUUCAUCAAAAGCAGAUUUUGUUAUUGGACCUGCUUAUCCAGCAGAUGGAAAGCGUUACUACCAGCUUGCCAAAGCACGUGACCUCUUUGAAUACAUCAGGUGUCCUUUUUUAUACAUAUCCAUGAAAGACAACCUUCAUGAUCAUUUUGGUCCAUCAAAUGUACCCUAUCCUUGUGAAAAUGAACGACUACAACAAUUCUGUUAUGUUAUGCACACUUCAGGUUCAACUGGAAAGGCCAAAGGGGUCUGUGGCACUGAACUAGGCCUUCUGAACCGCUUGUUAUGGAUGCAAGGAGUGUAUCCAUUAUGCGGAGAGGAGUUUCUUCUGUUCAAAACAUCAAUAAGCUUUAUCGAUCAUCUCCAAGAAUUUCUCUCGGCUUUACUGACAGGUUGUACAUUGGUUAUACCUCCUUUUCAAGAGCUAAAAAACAAUCCAUUAUCUCUUGUGGAUUACUUAAAGUGUUACUCGAUUGCAAGGCUUGUUGCUGUUCCAUCUUUAAUGAGGAUAAUACUUCCCACACUGCAAAGCCCACGUAUUAUCAGCAUUCAGGCAUCGUUGAAAUUGUUAGUGCUAAGUGGGGAAAUCUUUCACCUGUCCUUAUGGAGUAAACUGUCAGAAUUAUUACCAAAGACUACUAUCUUGAACUUGUAUGGGAGCACCGAGGUGACUGGUGAUUGUACUUAUUUUGAUUGCCAAAGGUUGCCAUCUAUACUAGAAAGUGAAGAAUUGAGUACAGUUCCAAUUGGUAUACCCAUUUCGGAAUCUGAUGUAUAUCUCUUUGGUGAAGACAUAUCCAGUGAAGGAGAAAUAUAUGUGAGUGGAGUCUGCAUUGCUUGUGGGUACUUGGGUGAUUCAACUAUAAAUUUACUGGACUAUGUAAAAUUGGGUGAAGAAUCAUUAUUUGACAUUUCAAGUGUUGGUCUAGAAAGUCGGUACUUUUAUAAAACUGGCGACUUUGCAAGAAGGCUUAAAAGUGGUGACUUGGUCUUUCUGGGGAGAAAAGACCGCCUAGUGAAGGUUAAUGGCCACCGCAUUUCCCUGGAAGAGAUUGAAAAUAUAUUAAGAGAACAUCAUAAUGUAAUUGAUGCUGCAGUUAUUUUACGGGAACCUGGAGAAGACCCAAUUUUAGAGGCUUACAUAGUAACUAAAGAGAAGGAUGGGGAUUUUCAAGUUUCUAAUUCUAUUAGAAGUUGGAUGGUAAAAAAAGUUCCUUCUGCAAUGAUUCCUAGCCAAAUUUUCUGUAUGAAAUCACUUCCUACGUCUUCCACAGGAAAAGUAGAUUACUCAUUGUUGGCUGAUACAAAGACUUGUGCAACACCCAUUUCCAGUGAGGCGGAAGGUUUUCAAACUAGUGAACUUUUGCAUGUUAUAAAAAAGGCCUUCUGUAACGCUUUGAUGAUUGAAGUAGUUUCAGAAGAUGAUGAUUUUUUUUCAAUUGGAGGUGAUUCGAUUUCUGCGGCUCAUGCUGCUCACAAUAUCGGAAUUGAUAUGAGAUUACUGUAUACAUGUCGAAGUGCAAAGAAGCUCAACAUUGCCCUCUCUGAACAAGCAGUCUUCUGCAAGAACAAUGAUAUAUUGGGUGUCAAUGCAAAAGCAGAUAUGCUAGUGCCAGAGAGGAACACAUUUCUGCCAGUUGGUACUAAUAGACUAUAUUUUGAUAGAAGUGAGUUACUUGAGAAGUCACUGACAAUCCACUGCAAAGAAAAUGCAGAUAAUCCUCCUCUGAAUGGCUCGCAGAUAGAUUCCUUUAUUCACCCAAAUUCUGUUAGCCCCAGAACUCUGGAUCCUUGGAUGUCCAGAUCUGUACAGAUGGCAUGUUCAUUUGGUCGGGGAAAUAGAUCAAUGUAUAGUGAGGAAUAUAAUAGGCGCAGUUUGUGUAAACCAGCAAGGUUGAAGAAAAAUCCAUCAGAUGAAGUUACACCCCUGCAAGAAUUGUGGAAAGUUCACCUUGAAUCUUGUGUCGAUGCAUCACCGCUUCUUGUAAUGAGAGAGGGGGAUAUAUUUCUUUACAUUGGAUCUCACUCAUUCAAAUUUCUUUGUAUUGAUGCCAGAAGUGGUUCUGUUAAGUGGACGGUGAAACUAAAAGGACGGAUAGAAUGCUCGGCUUUAAUUGUUGAUGACUUUCGUCAGGUUGUUGUAGGAUGUUAUGAAGGGAACAUCUACUUUCUUGAUUUCUUGGAUGGCAACUUCCUUUGGACCUUUAGAACGGGUGGAGAGGUAAAGUCCCAACCAGUAGAAGACAAAUGCAGGCAUUUAGUUUGGUGUGGGUCAUAUGACCACAAUAUUUAUGCCCUUGACUAUAGAGGCUAUUGCUGUGUUUACAAACUUUUUUGUGGGGGCAGCAUAUAUGGGUCGCCUGCAAUCGAUGAGGUGCGUAACAAACUUUAUGUGGCUGCCACUAGUGGUUUUAUGACAGCAAUAUCCUUAAAGGAUAAUCAGUUCAGUAAACUGUGGCUGCAAGACUUGGGAGCGCCCGUCUUUGGCUCUCUCUUCAUUGAUUCCUACAAUGGAAAUGUAAUUUGUAGCUUGGUGAGUGGGGACGUUGUUGCAAUGAAUGCGAAUGGAUCCAUAAUCUGGAAGGCAAGAACAGAUGGGCCAAUCUUUGCUGGCCCCUGCGUAUCCGAGGAUCUUCCUUCUCAGGUAGUUAUAUGCUCAAGAGAUGGGAGCAUCUCAUCAUUUGAAAUUGGAACUGGCAAAUUAGUCUGGAAGCAUGAUAUCAAGGAUCCGAUCACAUCAUCAGCUUAUAUCGACGAGAACAUACAAGUAGCAUCUGAUUCUUCACAUUUAUCAGAGAGAUUAAUAUGUGUUUGUGGUAGUUCUGGGAGUAUCCAUGUCCUGAAAAUCAUGCUCAAAGAUGAUGAAAAGACGAACCAACAAUGUAAAUAUGUGGUUCAAGACUUUGCAAGGCUGGAUCUACAAGGAGACAUAUUCUCUUCACCUGUGAUGAUUGGUGGAAGGAUUUUUGUUGGGUGCAGGGAUGAUUCAGUGCACUGCAUAGGGAUUUAGGGGCCAUAUAUAGUAGAAAUUUUGAACUCGGCGAUCACUGUCUAUCUAUUAUGAGUUGUUCCAGAGUGUCUCGCGGCUCCUAAGAGCAGUGUCAACACUGUACAGGUAUCAAAUCUACAUCUAAAAGUUAUCGGUGAGAAUCUUUGGUGGAUGGUUUUUCGGUGGAAGGUUGUUUCUGCUUGUUCUGGUUGUAAUCUGCAAUCAGAUUCUCAAUUGCCAAUGUCUAUUCUCACUUCUCAUAGUUAAGGAUGUACUGGCAUUUCCAAAACUCAAGGGCACAUCUCAACAUAUUUGUACUCAAAGAGGUGGAGUUAAUCUUGUAAGCAAAAAAACUGAAGCUGAUCUUUGAAGCAAAAAACAGUGGAACUGAUGUUGUAAGCAUGUCUAGAAACAGCUUAUAUAUAUUCCAGCCACUCUUCACAGAAAUUCCUUAGAAGUUCCAGGGGAGAAUUUUUAUUCAGCUCAUCGAGCAUAAUAUCAAGAGGAACACUGGAAUAACACAUGAUAUAACAUUUCACUUUAGUUGCUGAACUGGUACUGUGAAUCAGGCAUGGAAGUGGCCUAAAAAUCAUUGAAUUGAUCAUGACAUGCAGGUUACCAGCAUUAUUAUUGCGCAUGGGUUGCACUUCCGUGCGUGAAGCAUAUGUUCAACUUUACUUCUAAAACUUGGAAAUCCCGAUGGCUUAUGCAUUACAUUCAGUUGCGACGAGUAUCUGGGAAAGUGCAAAGUAGGGGGAACAUCUAGUCCUCCAAGUCUUGAUGGCAUUUUUUCUUAAUUAUAGAUAAUGAACACUUUUCUGACAAUAGGUUAAUUAUGUCAUACUAAUAAGUAAUAAGUAAUAACUAUAAUUCCAGUCUCAGUUACUGAUUUAAAUAUGAUGCUCACUUGCUCAGUC